AUGGAAAUGUCUUCUGACAUCACUAGCGACCGCACCGUCACUCUCAGUCGGAAGCGGCGUGAGGAUGACGAGGACAGAGCAUUGGGCCUCAUUCACGAAACAACAGAAUGGAUCAGCGGUCUACUUGGCGAAAGAAAAGAUGACGGGACGCCCGAGGGCAGGCGGGUUAUGAGCCCGGCUACGGAGGCCUCUCUCCGCCUCCUUGUCGAGAAAUACACAAAAGCCGCUGAAGCCGACCCAGAGACACGAGAACGACUUACUCGAGAUAUCACCCUCGAGACGAUCCGAAAAGAGGUCACGCGUAGGCUCCAGGCUGACGAGAAGUAUCAGGAGGCGAUAACAAAGCUUGAGAGCAUGAUGAUGCUUGCGCUCCGUGAAGAAGCCCGAGACAUGGUCAAGAAGGCCAAGUCAGCAGCGGCUGCUGCGAAAAUGCGAUCCAACAAAGAAACCAAAAAAUUCUGGGAAAAGACAGCUCCCAAGGGUCACGGUGGCGAUAGUUCAUCAGCUCCCGCACCACCACCUCUCACCGACGAAGAGAAGGCGCUCCGCCAUUUUGUCUCUACAAAGUGGAUCGAGCUGGACAAACUUUUAAAUUUUGAGGAAGAGCAGGCCAAGAAGGCGAGUGGUGGUCUUUCUGUCAGCACCCCUUUGAUUGUUGAGGAUCUUGCCGCACUUGAGACGGAGAAAUUGAUCACCGAAGAGCAGCGAGCAGCCAAGAAAGCUGCCAUAUGGUACAAGAUAGGUCUCCACUUCGAAAUCUUUGACCUCGACGAAAAGUCUUUUACCGUCUCUACGAUGAAGGCCUGGCCUCUGGACAAUGAGGGAAAGGCCGUUCGAACUUCUGUGAGGCCGGCCCCGACAUCCAGGGUAGAGCCCGUGGACAUUGACGAGUAA